GAGUGUGUGAGAGGCGAGUCCUCUCAUGUUUCUCUGUUGGAACAAUCUACAUCAAACCGUGACGCCCCGAGCUGGGUAAACGAAAAGCUUGGACCGCGACAAGAAUAUACUGGUCAACUCCAACCGGCUUUAUUUGGAAGGCAGUUCGCAUUAUACCGACACCCAAACGCGAGAGGACUUCUCCUUGCUGCCUGUGUCGACUUCACACCGCUCUCUGGGGAUAACACUGGUGCAUGCGAGGCGAGGCAGUUGCUACGAGAGGCUGCUGCGACACUGCAAACAAAGGGUCAGUGGGACUUGUUGGAACGCAUGUCUCGGUUAUGAAUCUUGGGAGGAGCUGCACGUCCCCGCAGCAGGUUCACAUCCAUAGCCUGGGGGAGCCCGACAGCCACCGGACCAGCCUCCUCGUCCACCCCUUCCUCCUCCUCGUCCUCCCCUUCCUCCUCCUCCUCAGCGCGGGGCGGGUUGGACGUAAGGAGGACAGUCGACCUCUGCAGGUGGUCUGGUGAAUUUCCUUAAAACAUUUUUUUUUGACCACCAUCACCCUUGCCUGAGGGUAUAGUGACUGAGAACUAGACGGGGUGGUUAUCCAUGAUGUCACCUCCUCUGGUGGUCAGGUGAAGAACAGAGUUCUGUUUUCUCACCACCACCCUCUCCAAGCCGCACCACCCAGCGGCCGAAAACAUAAAAGGGCCGUUAUCAUCAUCAUAAUCAUCAUCAUCGCCAUCAUCAUCGCCGCAUCCCCCAAAUGAUGUCCCCUGCCCGCCCCGUCCCCCCGACGACGCUCUGCCAUGGUGACAUGAGACCCUGCGACGACGACGCCAAGAAGCCCGAAAUCAAGCCUCCCCUCUGGUCUUCAUCCCCCGAGGCCACAACAGCAGCAGCAUCAGUAGUAGUAUUAGCAGCCUCAGCAGCAGCAGAGCGUGUUGGUGCUUGGGUAGUAGCCGGCCAGUGGUCGGCGUGAGCAUCCACUCAGAGGUGGUGACUGUGUGUGACUCGCGGGAGGAGUGAUGCUGCUGGCGUGCAGCCGGGUGCGGCGGCUCUACCGUCAGCUCACGCUGCAGACCAGCCUCCUCCUCCUCUUCCUCUUCUGCAUGGUCAGCGUGCUGGUCUCCGCCUACUUCCUCUACGGCGUCAAGCGGGAGCUGGAGCCGGCGGGCAAUGGAGCAGCCGGUAGCGGCGGGCCUGGUGGUAUCGGAGGUCCAGGAGGAGGGGGCCCACUGCUGGGGGACGACCCAGAGCAGGGCACGGCCGACUGGGAUGACCUGCGAGCCGCCACGCCCUCCGCGCCUUCCAGGAACGCCCUGCCCGCCCGCACCGCGAAACCCGCGGACACGUCGCGGACCGACCCCGUGGUGCUGGUGUUCGUGGAGAGCCUCUACUCGCAGCUGGGCCAGGAGAUCGUGGCCAUCCUGGAGUCGGCGCGCUUCCGCUACCAGACGGAGAUCGCGCCGGGCAAGGGGGACAUGCCCACGCUGACGGACAAGAACCGGGGCCGCUUCGCGCUGGUGAUCUACGAGAACAUCCUGAAGUACGUCAACCUGGACGCCUGGAACCGCGAGCUGCUGGACAAGUACUGCGUGGAGUACGGCGUGGGAAUCAUCGGCUUUUUCAAGGCCAACGAGAACAGCCUGCAGAGUGCCCAGCUGAAGGGCUUCCCCCUCUUCCUGCACUCCAACCUGGGCCUGCGUGACUGCAGCAUCAACCCCAAGUCCCCGCUGCUCUCCAUCACCCGGGCGCGAGAGGUGGAGCGCGGCCCCUUACCCGGCGACGACUGGACCGUCUUCCAGUCCAACCACUCCACCUAUGAGCCCGUGCUGCUGGCUCGCAGUCGGACUGCAGAAACUCUCAAUGUUGGAGUUGGUGUUGGAGUUGGUGUUGGUGGCGGACUAGGAGGGGGUAACGGAGUGCCGCUUCCCCCAGGACUAGGUGGUGUUGGUGGGGGAGGGGGAGGUGGCGGGAGUGGGGUGCUCCACGCGGCCGUGGUGCAGGACCUGGGGCUCCAUGACGGCAUCCAGCGGGUGCUCUUUGGGAACAACCUGAACUUCUGGCUGCACAAGCUGGUGCUGGUGGACGCUGUGUCGUUCCUGACGGGCAAGCGGCUCUCGCUGGGGCUGGAGAGAUACAUACUGGUGGACAUCGACGACAUCUUCGUGGGGAAGGAAGGCACGCGCAUGAAGGUGUCAGACGUCAAGGCACUGCUGGAGACCCAGAACGAGCUGCGCUCCCAUGUCCCCAACUUCACCUUUAACCUCGGCUUCUCAGGGAAGUUCUUCCAUGCUGGUACGGAUGAGGAGGACCUGGGUGAUGACUUGCUGCUGUCCUACAGUAAGGAGUUCUGGUGGUUCCCCCACAUGUGGAGCCACAUGCAGCCCCACCUCUUCCACAACCAGUCCGUGCUCGCCGAGCAGAUGCUGCUCAACCGACGCUUUGCUGAGGAGCAUGGCAUCCCCACCAACAUGGGGUAUGCGGUGGCGCCGCACCACUCCGGUGUGUACCCGAUCCACAUGCAGCUGUACGAGGCCUGGAAGAGAGUGUGGGGCAUCAAGGUGACCAGCACAGAGGAGUACCCCCACCUCAAACCUGCCCGCUUCCGACGAGGCUUCUACCACAGUGGCAUCAGCGUUUUGCCACGGCAGACUUGUGGUCUGUUCACCCAUACCAUCUUCUACAACGAGUACCCUGGCGGGCCCAAAGAACUGGAUAAACUCAUCAACGGGGGAGAGCUGUUCCUCACUGUGCUCCUCAACCCGAUCAGCAUCUUCAUGACACACCUGUCGAACUAUGGCAACGACCGGCUGGGCCUGUACACCUUCAAGAACCUGGUGAAGUUCCUGGAAAUGUGGACCAACCUAAAACUCCAGACGCUGCCGCCUGUGCCCCUGGCCCACCGCUACUUCCAGAUCUUCCCAGAGGAGAGGGACCCCAUCUGGCAGGACCCCUGCGAGGACAAAAGGCACAAAGACAUUUGGUCAAAAGAGAAGACGUGUGACCGCUUCCCCAAGCUGCUGAUCAUCGGGCCGCAGAAGACGGGUACCACGGCACUCUACCUGUUCCUGGGCAUGCAUCCCGAUCUGACCAGCAACUACCCCAGCAAGGAGACCUUUGAGGAGAUCCAGUUCUUCAAUGGACGCAACUACCACAAGGGCAUCGACUGGUACAUGGAGUACUUCCCCCUCCCCUCCAACACCAGCUCCGACUUCUACUUUGAGAAGAGCGCCAACUACUUUGACUCGGAGGUGGCAGCGCGCCGGGCCGCCGCCCUCCUGCCCAAAGCCAAGGUCAUCACCAUCCUCAUCAACCCCGCUGACCGGGCCUACUCCUGGUACCAGCACCAGAGAGCACAUGACGACCCGGUGGCUCAGAGGUACACCUUCCACGAGGUGAUAACAGCGGGCCGCGACUCCCCCGCCAAGCUGCAGGGCCUGCAGAACCGCUGCCUGCAGCCCGGCCUGUACGCCACACACCUGCAGCGCUGGCUCAGUCACUACCACCCCAGCCAGAUUCUGGUGCUGGAUGGACAGAUGCUAAGGACGGAACCGGCCUCGGUCAUGGACAAGAUCCAGAAGUUCCUGGGGCUUACAAACUUACUCAACUAUCACAAGAUCCUUGCGUUUGAUCCCAAGAAGGGCUUCUGGUGCCAGCUGAUGGACGGGGGCAAGACCAAGUGUUUGGGCAAGAGCAAGGGCCGCCGAUAUCCGGACAUGGACGCUGAUUCUCGUAACUUCCUGCGGGACCAGUACCGGGAGCCCAACAUCGAGCUGUCCAAGCUGCUCUACAAGAUGGGCCAGCCCCUCCCCAGCUGGCUCAGAGAGGAGCUGCUCCACAUCAGGUAACAGGAGGUGUGCCCCCCCGCCCCCGCGCCCCCUCUACUACGGCUGGCCGCGCAGCUUCCGCUUCCGCGUGACCAACCCCGCAAGGACACACUCCUCUUCCCUCCGCCCCACCACCUCCCACCGCAGCAACCAGGGUGGAGGAAGAGGAGGAGGAGGAGAAAGUGGAGGAGGAGGAGGAGGAGGGAGGAGGGGCUCAGCUUCUGCUCACACUGACUGAGGAGGGAGGCAGGCAGAUAGACAGAAAAGAGACUGCAUUCGACCUCCCUUCCCUCAAGCCUUUACCGAAGCCCUACCGCACCCCACCCCUCCAGCGGCCCUAUGGGCAGUCGAGUGAGACUGGGCUGGGAGGAGCAUGCCACCACAAUAAGAGGCCAGAAGGGGACAGUUUUUUGUGGAGUCAUGCCUCAGAGUGGAGGGACAAUGGGGUGGGUGAAUGGGAUCGAAUCUCAUCGUAUCAACGAGAGCAUGGGUGCAAUCCAUGGGGACAAGGCUGGAUUGUGGGACCCUGCUUGGAGUGUGGAUGUGUAAAGUAAAAAGCUAUAGAUGAUAGCCACAGGUCCACACGUCACGGGGAUGCACCGACACGCAAGAGAAGCGAAGCCACGAACCACGGGAGGAAGGAAGGGAUGGAGAGGGAGAGGGAGGGGGAGGGAAAAAAAGAGAGACGUUCUUUUUCCCCACCCACUCGUGUCAAGAGUUCAUCUCCCAUUCUCUUUAAUCCCCUCCCGUGUUGGAAGAGACGCACAAAAACACCUACACUACUUUCACACCUAACAUCAUCCCCCCCCUUUCAUGAAGAAAGCUAGAGAGAGAUAGAAAUUUGACUGAAAUUGUGCCAGUCUGUAAAGAACAAACUAGCCAAUCUUUCAAGAGCAAGUGCCAGGGUUGAACACUCAUUUCAAACCUUUUUUUCACCAUUCUUCACUCUGUCAUUCUUAAUUACACACGCACGC